GCGCCUCUCUCACCGCCCGGCCGGGCCCCCCCGCCGGCAAACGCACCGCCCAGGGCCGGCCCGGCCCCCCGCCCUGCCAGCGCCAGGUGAGGGGGGCAGCUGCGGGCAGGUGCGCCCGGGACACGGCGGCGGCGCCCCGCACCGGACGGCCCGGAGAGGGCGCGGGGCUGCUGAAGGGGCGCAGCCCGGGACGGCAAGCCGGCGGCGCUGUCGAGGAGCGGGCGGGCUGCUGCGGGCGCGGCGCUGCCGGGGCCUCCGCGGGGGCGGAGGGGGGGGGCGGUGCCGGCGGCGAGAGCGGCCGCGGCGCAGUUUUCUGCAGCGGCGCCGAUCUACAAGUGAGGGGCAGUGUGUGCGUGGCGCCAACAUUUGAAUCUUCUUGGGAAACAUGAAAACAAAGAGCUGCUUUUAAAAUAUCUUCCAGGACAAUUGACACGUUCCAGGGAAAAUAAGUUUUUUUUCCUGCAAAGUUCAGAAGAAUCUGCAUUCUCUGAGAUUUUAAAGAAUUAUAAAAUGAAAACGGUUUAAAAUUUAGCUUUCAAAAUGAAUGUUGGGAAGUCCGACGACAAAGCAAAGAAUGGCUUGAAGUCUUCCUUACUUAUAAGGGAUGAAAAUGGAAAUAGCUAUGCAUGUGACAGAGGUACACCUUCCUCAGAGAAUUGUGCCACCAAGAUACACGGUAAUUCAACUGCCCAAAGUAUAGUGGCUGAGCAUGAAGAUGGUACCAUUUUUGAAAAUAAGGGUGACUUCAAAAGUCUUUUAAAACAGCAGCGUAUUGAUGUACUUGAUCUGCAGAAGACACCUGGUAAAUAUAGCUGCACAGGAGUUCCAUCGGGAGAUACAGAUGCUGCAUGCAAGUCUUCUGUGACUGAGCAGACUUGUAUGUGUCCUUUGAACUGUGGCUUGGAAGCAACGACAAGCUUAGUGAAAGGUGAUUUUGCUAUGGCAAAAAUACAAAAUCAGAGUAUCAAACACUCAGUGCCUUACACUCAGACUGACUCUAAGUCUGUAGUAACUCUUCCUGCUUCAGAGCAGAGCAUGCAGUCCCUGAAAAAUGACAGGGCAUGCUGCCAGCUGAGCACAUUGGAUGCUACUAAUGUUACAGGUGAAAAUCUGAGAACUGAUCAAAAUGAUGACAUACAUCUGCAGGAAACUUUGGUCUCUUCUGAAGUAUGUAUCUCAGAGAAGUUUGAUAGAACCGGCUCAGAAAGAACACCUAAUUUCAUCUCUGCAGGUGAACACUAUCAAAAAACCACUAUCAUGAAUGAUAAUGAAUCACAGGAAACAGAAGCACAGGCUGUAGAACUAUCUGCUAGAUGUAUAGAUCCUUAUAAGCUAGAUGCAUUAUCACCAUGCAUUAAUAUUAAUGAGGAUGACCAAGUGAAAUCCUUGCAGAUUACUCCUUUCCAUGACAAAACUGGGAAUUCCAGUGCUGAAACAUGCAUGGAUAGUGUUGUAAAUAGUGUGCACCUUGUCCCAGUAGAUCAAAUGGAUGGAGAACAAGUAUCAAACAAAACUAGUGAACCAUUAACCAAAGAACAAAUUAUCUCUGGAAAUGCUGCUCUUCAGAAUAUGCACAACAUUCCUUCUGUAUCUUGCAGUGUUCCAAAAUUAAAGAAGACGGUUAUGCCUGAGUUGAAAUGUGAAGCAACUUUUUUGGUCUUCAGUCCAACAGCUGAUGGAAGCAAUUCAUCUCUAUGUACUUCAACUCCUAAAGAACGAUCAAAAAAUAGGACUUUCUCUGUUCCAGCUUUGGAAGAACUUGGAGACAAGUCUUCCAGACUAAGACAAAGUGAAGCAUUUGUAGGAGGACAUAACAGAUCGGGGCUUAAAGCUAGUUCAGAUCAAACUGCAAGAAAAGCAGUAUGCAGGUCUGCGAUGGCAUCAACAAUAACCAAAGCAAAGAAAUCAGAGAUAGUUAGUUUUCCCAAACCUAAUUUUAAAAAUGUUAAGCCAAAGGUUGUGUCUAGACCUGUGCCACAGCCAAGAGACAGUGCAGCAUUAAAACAGUCUCCCCAGUCCCCUCAAGUAUCAUCUGUCUCCUCACCUUCAAGGGUUGGUUCCCCAAGGCAAUUGUCAUCCUCUAUAAAAGUGCUGAAAAAAACAGUAGAUGCAGCUAAAGAUACUAAAGUGGAAUUGCCUGUAAAUAAGCCCCAUAAGCUACAUGUUAACAAACACCUUUUCACUAGCCAGGUUGGUCAUGCCACAACACAUCCCAGAAAUGCUUCCCAUAAGGUUUCAAAAACACCUGUGUUAAAGUUAAGUCUGCAAGACGUUGACAAAGCAAGUGCUACCCAUCCGGUGUGCUCCUUGGCUUCUGCUGCGCUUCCAGCAUCUGGAGAGAGCUCAGAAGAGAUGUUAAACGAUAAAAUGGAAGUGACACCUUGCUCUCAAAACAUCGACCUGACCAAAGGUGAAAAAGAGGAAAGCAGCAACAUGGGAGUGCUUCUGGAAGCAACAUUGAUAAAAGAUAUGGCAAAUGAAACAUUUGAAGUGCACUCUGUUCCUUUGAUGCCUUCUGUGAAAGAUGGGACAACACAAGGGAAAAACAUACCAAAGAAAGACCAAAUCACACUACGAAGUGUAUUAACUCCCAAGGUUAAAAUGGUGCAAUCUGUGUCGACCUUGAAGAGAGGAUGUGAAAAUAAAACUAUCAGCACUAUUAAAACACCUUCUCACAAAGAAGCUCUUCUGUCAUCAAGCUCUGGUGUAGGAUCUUUGCCAAGAGAACGGCAUGCCUCAGUGAAAAAUUCUCCAUCCUCGUGCACUAGCAUUGGUAAAUCCCUUGCCAAAUCCAAAGUGCCUGUCAAAAGAUCAGUGCUUGAGAGAACACCUAGCCUCUCAUCAGUCAGCAGUGCUCAGAGUGAGCAAAGUCUUUUCAGCACUAAUUUUUAUAUCUGCUUUCAGAGUUUUAGGACAAAAUAUGUAGAUCAAAUUAAAGGCACAAUGACUAUACCAGGAGGACUCCGCAGUUGCACAGAAACUAAUUUUUCUCCUAUUAUUUUCUUCAAUUCUACACUAACACCACCGACUGACUCAGGAAGCCACUAUGAUAUCACCUUACUGACAUUGCUGGUAGUGGGGUCUUACAGCUUUUGUAUUGUUCCUUUGUUAGCCACGUUUACUGGGAAGAGAACUGCUAGUGCCACAGUCAUCAGGAAUGGAGAAUGGCCUUCAAAACCAGCCUGCCAGAAUGGCACUUCAGGGUCUGUCCCUGUGAAAGCACUGCCAAGACCUAGAUUGCACUCAUUGAGAUCAACUCCAAAAGGAUCCAAGACCAGGUCUGCUUCACUGAGCCAGUGCACACCAAAAUCAUCUGGGCCUCUACACUUAGCAAGGAAAGUCAGUGAGACUAGAGGUAGUCCUGGAAGAAAUGUACACCAAAGCCUAUCUUGUUUGGGUUCUGCAAUGAUGCACAGCCAGAAUCUGCUUGAUGAAGCAAGCCACAACAGGUCCUGCGACUCCCGUGGGAUCGGGAUGGAGUGCAUCGCUGCUCUGUUGGCAGAAGUGAAAGCUAGCCAGGAGGCAAUGCAGGCUGGGCAGAAGGCACUAAAGCAUGAUGUGGAAAUGUCUCAGAAGGAAAUCAGAACUGUGUUAGCAUUGCAGAGGAGCCAGCAACAGGUGAAAGAAGAUCUCAAAGCAGAGGUGAAGUCCAGUCACUUGGAUAUAAGAGCUGUGCUUGAGGAAAUCCAGCGAGUAAGAGAAGAAAUGGAAGCUCGAUUAAAUACUCAGGCUGAUCUGGUGUUACUGAUCAAAGAAGUGAGCACCAAUUUAACAUGUGUAGACAAGGCUUUCCAGAAAAUGGAGGAGAGGCAGAAAGUUUUUACUAGCCUGCAUCUUCCCACGAGAGAAAAUGUUGAGCAAGGAUUUUUCUUUGAAAAAUGCUUACACCAGACGCAUAUGGGUUUUGAAAGACCUGUGGAAGUUAACAGUUUGGAUGAUGAAUAUGAAAAGAAGGUGCUUGGGGUUGACAAGGGCAAGCAGCGGAGUGCCAAGAGCUCAUGCGUACGGACUCAAGCUUCCACAGAUGCACGUUCACCUGGCACUAAAGCAGCCGAGUUGAUACAGUACAAAACAAAAUGUGAGACCCAAAGUGGAAUCAUCCUGCAGCUGAAAAAAUUCCUGACAUCCAGUAACCAGAAGUUUGAAGCAUUAACAGUUGUCAUCCAGCACCUGCAGUCUGAGAGGGAAGAAGCACUGAAGCAGCGGAAAGCGUUAUCUCAAGAGCUAGUUAACCUUCGAGGAGAACUAGAGCUCAAGAGUACCCAUGAAUCGGAAAGGAAGUCACUUGAAGAUUCCUUUAAAGAGAAGCAGGAGUUGCUGGAGAAAAAAAUCGAUGAACUAAAAAGUGAAAACAACUCUCUGAGUGAGAAGCUGAAACUAGAAGAACAAAAACAAAUAGCCAAAGAAAAAGCCAAUCUUAAAAACCCACAGAUUAUGUACCUGGAACAGGAGCUGGAAAGUUUGAAAGCAGUGCUUGAGAUCAAGAAUGAGAAGCUCCAUCAGCAAGAUAUAAAGCUAAUGAAGAUGGAAAAGCUGGUGGAGAACAACACAAUCUUAAUGGAUAAAUUAAAGAAGGUUCAGCAAGAAAAUGAAGAAUUAAAAGCUCGGAUGGACAAACACAUGGAGCUUUCAAGGCAACUUUCUACAGAGCAAGCUGUUUUACAGGAGUCACUAGAGAAAGAAUCAAAAGUAAACAAACGCCUGUCAAUGGAAAAUGAAGAACUUUUGUGGAAGUUGCACAAUGGUGAUCUAUGCAGCCCAAGAAAACUGUCUCCCAGUUCUUCAUCUGUGCCUCUUCAGUCUCCUCGAAAUUCUGGUAACUUCUCUAGUCCUGCAGUGUCACCAAGAUGACAUCUCUUGAGAGAAAGAGAGGCCUGCAUUUCACUUCUGAUCUGCAGAACCUUUCCUAACUUUAAUCACAGGAGCAAGAGCUAUAUUAGCCGCCUAUGACAACUAAACGUAACUGGAAACUAUGUGUUGCAAAAACAGCGAUAGGAGACUGUGAAUGUGGGAGUAAGACAUUCACUCCUCCCAAAAAGACUUAUGACCUCUAUGGACAUCGUUGCACAAAGCACUUAUAGAGCAAGAAGAGACUUGUUUGUUGCCUUUUCACCUAACCAUAAGAAGAAGCUCAGGGGCUUAGAGAUCACAACCUUUAUAAUAUGUUCCUUAUCACCGACACUUUUUUAAGGCUGUGUGUGUGUGUGCGUGUGCCGUGGAUGGAGUGGGUGUAACACACUGUGCGUGUGUCUAAUGCUGCCUUCUUUGCUGUGUACGUAAUAAAGGAUAAAACCUGAAGACUAUACAUUGACAUGUACUUCCUUGACACUGCUCUCAGUAUGCAUGCUUAACAGAGUACCCUUGCCUGGGAAUGAGGAGAAACUACUGGUACUGUAGAAUAAUUUCCUUCAUCAUUCUGGCUGGUAAAAAAAUGGCAUGAAGACCUCUGUCAACUGACUCCUUAGUGUCUUGGUCUACCUGAGUAUGCAACUUUGAAUUAAUUUUAAAAACAAAUUGAAUUGCAGCCAUAUUUUGAAUGGGUUCUUGGUUUCACGUCCAUGCACAGUUCUGCCAUUUAUGAGGAGAACUUUUUUUGCAGGGUGCAAUGGAUUUUGGAUUUCAAGUCAAUAGGGUUGUAGUCAGAACCAGAGUAGCCCUCAAGGUCAGAAGUUCUUAGCUGAGUUGCAAGUUUAGAAGCCUAGACCAAGCAUCUUACCUGCUGAAAAGGAAGCACUGAUUUCCCCAAAAUAGCACGUCUGUUCCUGAGGAUAAACAAGAUGUACAUUUGAAAGCCAAAGAGAAAUGCAAUAAUUGUAACUAGGUGCAUUCUUAAUUCAGUUCAUAAGAAGUAAUUUUUUAAUUCCAAUGUAACUGGUAACACACCUUGCCUUUUUAAGCAUUAGCAUUUGUAUUAACUUUCCUCAGGCUGGCUAAAUUCAUCUGAGUAUGAGGUAGUAUCUGUGCAUUUUAUCUUGCUAAUUCUGCCAUACUUUCCCUCUUAGACUGCAGGAUUACUGGUGUUUUGACAGUUCAUCAGGUGAAAAAUCCUGUUCAAGAGAUUCUGUAAAGUAGAGGAAGAUGUAGUCCUGGCUGCUGAAACCGGAGGAUGAGGGUGUCAGCAUUUCUGGAAAUAUCCCAUGCUGAGUUUCGGCUUCAACAGGGUAAUUGGAUAGCCUUGCUCCACCCUUGAUCAGACCUGUUUAAGAUGACUGCUCUGUACCUACUAAAACAGGUUCAGCUUCAGAUUAGUCUUAGAAAAUACUACUGACAAUUACAGUAGCUUGGGCUUCACAGUAGGGCCACGACAUUGUUGCACUGCUGGUUAGCUAAUGCUGGUAGCUGGCUGAGUUUCCCUGUCUUUUUCAGUAGCUUGGGGACAGGAGUCAAGGGCAUGGGAAGGCAUUUAGGGAACUCAACUGGAGAACCACUUCAAAGUAUUUUACCUAAGACUUGCAAAAUCUUGGCUAAUAAUGAGGAACACAGACAUAGAAACAAUACUGUUAACAGUGCUCAUACAGUAAGUAAAUUUGUAAUAUAUUUAAACUUGUGAUUGUUUCAUCAUUAAAUUUACUUAAACCUCUCAUAAUGUACAAAUUAAGGAUGCCAUUUCUAUGGAAUAUUAUGCUUUCUUUUAAUCCUUUUUAGGGCACUGUACAUGCCACUUAUUAGUGGUGUCAGUACUUAAAAUGUUUACUAGGACGUUCAAAUUUAACUAUGAAAAUCCUAUGUUGGCUACAACUUGGCUUUAAGUAUGUCUCAGAAUAUCCUUGCUUUCUACGGUCAAAGAGAUUUGAUUGCAUGUAUUUGAGCUGAAUGCUUUACAAUAAAUAUUUUGUACCGACUGAAGGAUUUUUCUUCUGCUUAUGUCAGUCAAAGGAGCUUUAAUCUAAGGAGAAACAUUUUUCCAUUUACUAAAAACUCUUGGUAUCUGCUCAGCACAGCAAAACAGCAAUAGUGAAGCUUCAUGGCACAGAUUAUUAGUGUUCAGCUACUCCUUAGAAAAUUUCCCUUUGUUCCUCCACUUGUAGGUAGAAAAUAUUUGGAGCUUGCUUGGGAUUCUCCAGAACAUUCUGUGUGUGAGAAAAGCCUCAGGUAGAGGUUAGAAGUGUAACAGGCCCUGUCACAGGGACACUCACCUGGCCACUGGUAAGAACUUUAUUACUUUAGUUGCAGUGUAAUGCCUCAAAUAAAACAUGCAAGCAGAGUGCACACAAAUGUUUGAAGGUUGAACAUGGCACAGCCCUUCCUGUGAAGAGCAGGGAAAGCUUUUCCAGGCUACUGUACAGGAAAGUAAGUAUGUAUAGUAGAUAAUACAAAGACUGGUAAUUUGUUGAUAAUUUACCUCCACAAUGCAGGUGACUCUUCAUGUCUAAACUGCUUGCAAGUAGACUCUUUAAUGCUUUUAAGAAGAAAUGAAGACUGCUUGUAUGUAGAAAUCAGAUUACAGAAAUACCUGUUUAGUGUUUGUCCUGUUGGUCUCAACGAAUUAAAUAAUUCUGCUAAUCUGUAAAUACUGUUUCAAUGUUUUUCUCUGUUUGAGUAUUAGUAUUUCAAGCUUUAACUUAAGUACCAUGUGUUAGCAAAGACUUUGUUCAAUCCAGUAACUUCUACAUAUUUUGGGCUUUUUUCUUUAGCAUUAUGUUUCCUUCAGGAAAAGCUAGAAACCUGCUCAUCAUCAUAAGCCAAAGGUCAAGCAAGUGAACAAGUGUUUUUCUUCAGAUAUCCAUCUUUACUCUCGGUUCCAUCUCUAAUGAUGGGCUUCAGAGGAAGCUUUGGUGACAUUUAACAGCUGAACCAAAUAGUUUGUUGCCAUUCAAACUAUUCAUAGUAUGGUUCACCUUCAAUGCUUUUCUCUAAAGGUCAUUGUAUGAGUUGCACUGUAUUUUUUAUAAAACUUGGGGUGAAUCAUUUCCUUGAGCUAACUAAAGACUUGAUGUUUCUCAUUACUAACACCAAAGACACUUCCAUGUAAACUGGUGUCAUGAAAUUCCUUCUAUACAGUAACCAACCACUGACCUUGUCUGACAGCCAGGAAAUUAUUUAGGGCUGAGCUGCAGCUAAAAAGGGAUAACCACUGAACCCUGAAGAAAAAAAUACCUUCUGACCACUGCUGCUGUCUUGCCUUAGAAGAGCAGUGGCACAGGUAUAGAAAUGGAAACAACAGCACUGGCAGCUUUAGGCAUGUAACUUUGACGAGUCACUUAAAUUUUAUUUCCCAGGCUUCAUUCUCUUCCCCUGUCACUGUUCAUUUAGGUGGAAAUGUGCAAUUAACUGCAUCAAUGUAACAUCAGCUCUGCCCAAUAGGCUUUUGGUAACAUAAAAACUGUGUAAAAUACAUAGUAAAAGAAUUCUCAUAGUUUUUCAAUUACAAUAAUUAUUUUCAUGCUUGGUGGGAGGACAAGGACAGAAAGGAUGGACAGGAUGUGACACCCACCAAAACUCUUCCUUAGAGGCAGUGCUUCUGUAUCAGUCUUGAGGCCUGCACGUGAUGGUUAGGCAUAACCAUUACACCCCAGGGGAAUACUCAAGCAAUGGAUUUACACCAUCUUUUCCUCUCCUGCCAAACUGUCAUCAAGUAAGUGAUGCCUCCACUGAGCUGCUGAACAAAGGUGGGCAGGUGACAUGAUCUCCCACUUACCAGAUACUUUGAGAAGAAAAUAAAUUGUUGAAUUACAGGCUCAAAUGCACUUCUAAAUUCAAAAAGCUGGCACAACUCCUUUAGUUCAAAGGAAAAGACAUUGAUCUGAGGAAUGAAAAUGCUGAAAAGGAAUUAUCGCAUUGCACAGCCUCACCUAGAAACUCAAGGACUCUUAAUUUGGUCAGAAUAAAAAAACCCCACAUGAUACAAGGACAUUUUUUUACCUAAAAAAAUGGUCCAAAGAUCUUUUUUAGGUAUUACUAUGAAAUUGUAUAACCUACUUAGUCUUUGGAUUACAGUGUAAUGUUCUUGAUACAUUUUAACAGAUUAACCUUGCCUCUUACACCUUCAAAGAUAGUUCUACUGCAUAUUGUUUUAAUUUUUUUUUGAUACCUUAUUUUCAGAGACCAGAGAUGAAAAAAGUUCCUGGGGAAUGUUCUCCAUGUAGUCUAUCACAUGAGACCUGCAUGGAACCAUUUCAGUCUUUAUCAUGGGUAUUUCUCUUAUCAGUUAAAUUAGUUUAGGUUCCUGCAUGCUGAAGAAAAAGCAUUCAGCAAGCUUGUUUAGUGUUUUGAUUACCUACACUACUAAUCACAUCACUGACUUUACUGGGAAGCUGCCAUUUUUACAUUAGCACUUGGAGCUGUCACUGUUCCAAACAGUGCUGUACAGCUGCUCAAAGGUCUGAAUUAGCUGGAGCACAGGGCUACCUCAGGCCUUCAGCAGAAGAAAGUUUUAGGAAUUCCAGUCAAACACAGGCUGAAACAGAGGGAAGUUUGUGACCAAGGGACCAGUUCCUGCUUUGCUUCCUUGUGUGUUCAGAGUAAACUGGUUUUCACUUGCCUUGUAAGUAACAUGGCUUGCAUUAAAUGUUUUUUGUCAUUUCACUACUAAGGAUCUGUAUUUAAAGUUCUAGCCCACAUAAAGUGGUGCUUGAGACUAAGAAAAAAAAACCAAACAGUGCCAAAAUGUCCAACAAUGUUGUUAUCAAGUUCUUACCUUCUCCUCUAGCAAGUUCUUUCUUUGUACUGGUAACUGAACGCAGGUUGAGAGAAGCAGUGGCUUAUUUAUCCAGGUAUAGUUCUGUGUAAAUGAAAAUAUCUUCCCUUUUCUCCUAAGUAAAUUAAUACAAUGGAGUUGAACUUGUUAUUAACCUAAGAAGAAAUUCUGCUGUAAAACUGAACGUCAUUCUAAUGUUUGCUUUUUUGCCUUUUUUUUUGUUUGUUCUGUAAAUGCUAAUAUAUAAAUAAAUGCAAGUUUUACCUUUA